CGACGGAAGCGGCUCGCGUCUGUCAGUGAUAUUUCGCCUUUAAAGGCGCAUUAAAACAGCGGCUGAAGUGCAGACAGAACCCGAGAAGAGCAGCAACAGAACUAGCACAACAAUCUCAUCUUCAUUUCUGACAGAGACAUAAAGACAGGAACGCGCGCGUCAGGGUUCUCAGCCAGCUGUGCGUCCGGACAGAAGACUCGACGCUGCUCUCAUAUGCAGUCCGACUGGAUCUUUAUGAAGCUUUCAAGGCCUUUUGAUUGAUCGGUUGCUCCAUGGGGAUUCUCCGGUGCUUUCCGUCUGGUUUCUCCUGCUCUUCACCCCUCGGCCUGCCCUCCACCCUCUACAACACCUCCUCCAUACAAAUCAUGAAACUGGUAUUAACUGAAUGGCAAUUGAUAUGGAUUUUUACUGUUUCCAGUAGACAGUAAACACACUUGCACCACACUCACACACACAAUUACAUGCACGUCCACCCACACACACACACACACACAUACACACACACACUCACACACAUCACGUCAGUGGGAGUGACCUCAUGGUAGAGUCAUAUCCUCCCCAACUGUCCGAACCAAAUCCCCCAACACGGUUCGUCCCAGAGCUCCUGCAAGCGGCCUUCAUCAAACGGCACAUUUCGGGAUGUUUUACGCUCCUUGAGUCCAAUCCACGGCAGAUUUCCUUUACAGAAGGACGUCCACGAGAAGCGGUGCAUUGCUGUUGGCUUUAUUUUUCCUAGAUAUUUAUUUAGUGAGUUAUUUGCGUGGAGCCACACGUGACCUCUGCUCCGAGUGCAUGCGGACGACGAUGGCCCCACAGAACACCGAGGCCGACGCUGUGCAGAUGCAGGCCGCUGUGGUGACACCUGUGGAGAAACGGGCUGGAGGAGGCGGGGCUAAUGGAGUGGGCGGGGCUGGAGGGCGGGAUUUGGAGAGUCAGGAGGAGUCGGUCAGCGAGGGAUCUAUCGACCGCAUCCCUCUGCGUCAGUGGGUCAUGCACGGCGCUGUCAUGUUCGGACGAGAGUUCUGCUACGCCAUGGAGACGGCGCUGGUCACACCUGUACUGCUGCAGAUAGGUCUUCCAGAGCAAUACUACAGCCUGACGUGGUUCCUGAGCCCCAUCCUGGGUCUGAUCUUCACGCCUCUGAUCGGCUCGGCCAGUGACCGCUGUACGCUGCGCUGGGGCCGCAGACGGCCCUUCAUCCUGGCACUGUGUGUGGGCGUCCUGCUGGGCGUCGCGCUCUUCCUCAACGGCUCUCUGAUAGGUCUUGCUUUAGGAGACGUGCCAAACAACCAGCCAAUAGGAAUCGUGAUGACAGUUUUGGGGGUGGUGGUGCUGGAUUUCUGUGCGGAUGCGACGGAGGGUCCCAUACGAGCGUAUCUGCUGGAUGUGGCCGACACUGAGGAACAGGACAUGGCCCUCAACAUCCACGCCUUCUCUGCAGGGCUCGGAGGGGCGGUUGGUUAUGCCCUCGGGGGUCUUGAUUGGACGCACACAUUCUUGGGUCGAACCUUCAAGUCUCAAGAACAAAUUCUGUUCCUGUUCGCCACGGUUCUGUUCACCGUUUCUGUGGCUCUGCACCUGUUCAGCAUCGAGGAGCAGCAGUUCAGCCCUCAACAGGACCGUCUGGAUGAAGAGGCAGAAACCGAAUCCACUGUUAAAAUCACAGCGCACCAACCCCAGCUCGAAAUGAUCCAUGAAGAAGAGUCUUACGAGCAUUACGACCUCUACUCGGACCGGCGAUCAGAGCGAGAGCUGGACAUGGACUCGUUAGACGUCGACAUCGUUCGAAGUAAAAGUGACUCUGUUUUGGCGAUGGCUGACGCCACGCUGGACCACCACGACAUGCUGUUUCUGCGUGAAAUCGAGCCGUCUAUCUUCCAAGAUCGCAUUUCUUCUUAUCAUGGGUCGCUGCCACGGCGCAGCAGCAGUGUAGAUAGUCAAGAGUUCCUGCGCGGGAAAUUCAGCCGACUGUCUGCGUUUCUGCAGCAAACCGAACGUGACGGAGAAGAAGCUCUGCUUAACAGUCAGCUCAACCAAUCCAAAGCACCCAACGGACAUACGACGGACCUCAACGGCCACGGGCCGCCCAGUAUCAAAGCCUCCAGCACCAACGCAUCCAUGCGCCACAGACGUCACACUUUCUACCGACAGUCGUCCUGCACCUUCUCCUACUACGGCCGGGUCGGAUCCCACCGCUACCGUUACCGGCGUGCAAACGCUGCGUUCCUCAUCAAACCGUCCCGCAGCAUGAACGACAUCUACGAGAUAGAGAAGCGGCAGAAACAGAGGAAAGGACAGAGAACGAGGCACCAGAGCGGGAACACCAACUCCAGCGGGGACACGGAGAGCGAGGAGGGCGAGACUGAGACCACCGUCCGUCUGCUCUGGAUGUCCAUGCUGAAGAUGCCCAAAGAGCUGUUGAGACUGUGCGUGUGUCAUCUGGUCACGUGGUUCUCCGUCAUCGCAGAGGCCGUGUUUUACACCGACUUCAUGGGGCAGGUCAUCUAUGAAGGCGACCCAACGGCUCCGCUGAACUCCACCGCCCUUCAUAACUACCACAGAGGGGUUCAGAUGGGCUGCUGGGGGCUGGUCAUCUACGCCACCACCGCCGCCAUCUGUUCAGCUGUUCUGCAGAAGUACCUGGAUAACUUUGGCCUCAGCAUAAAGGUGAUCUACAUCCUGGGCACUCUGGGCUUCGCCAUCGGUACGGCCGUCAUGGCCAUCUUCCCCAACGUCUACGUCUCAAUGGUGAUGAUCAGCAGCAUGGGCAUCAUCUCCAUGAGCAUCUCGUACUGUCCGUACGCUCUGCUGGGCCAGUAUCACGAUAAUAAAGAGUACGUCCAGCACAGCCCCGGCAACUCCAAGCGAGGUUUCGGCAUCGACUGCGCCAUCCUGUCGUGUCAGGUGUACAUCUCUCAGAUCCUGGUGGCGUCUGCGCUGGGUGCCGUGGUGGACGCGGUGGGCAGCGUGCGGGUCAUUCCCAUGGUGGCCUCCGGCGGCUCCUUCCUGGGCUUCCUGUCCGCCUCCUUCCUCGUCAUCUACCCGGGCUCCGGCGGAGAGGCUGAGCAGACGCGGGCGCUGACGUCCCCCAAUAACAACGGCGUGACCGAGAAGCCCAGCUUCCUCAAGCUCACACGCAAAGGCGGAGCCACCACCACCUGCAAAGUGGAGUGUGAAUCCACGCUGUGAAAGCCAUCGGAUGACGGCGAACAUCUAAUGCCGAGUUCACACUGCAGCAUUUUAGACACGAAGUUCACUCCCAGACAGGCUUUGCAAAAUCAAUUGCCCAAAAUCGGAGGUGGUCGUUCAAGCAAGUGACAAUUAUCAAAGAUGCAAUCAGAGAAUCGCAGACGCCCGUGAAAUAUUUAACAUGCUACACUAGGGUUGCACGAGUAAUCGAAUGUGAUAGUCAUUAGUUGUAAAUCUCCAGCACGUGCUUUCAGAUGGAGUGGCAUUUAAUACACCGAGCCGUAAUAUUGCAUUCAUCACCGCAGAUGAUUUAAUCAUGCGGUAAUGAAAUGGAAGUAAUAAUUUGUGAUAAUAAAAGCUGUUUGCAGUGAACUACGGCUCUUUGUAGUUAAUGCUGCUCCAUCUGAAAGCAGGUGAAAAUACCACAUUCAUAACAGGAUUUUAAUCCAAACUCACUUCAUAACGUCGGUCGAGUGUUUGAAAGAAAUCUCGAUGCAAUAGAAGAAACAUUUUUGGUUCCACAAAGAACCAUUCAGUCAAAGGUUCUCUCUUUCUUUCCUUUUUAUAAUCUGAAGAACCUUCUCUUGCCACAAAGAACCUUUUGUGAAACAGAAAGGAACUAUGGGAGACAAAAAAGGUUCUUCUUAUGGCAUCGAGAAGCACUUAUUUUUAAGAGCGUAAAUAUCUAGAUCUGUGAAAUGAGUUCUGACUUAAUAAUAUAUCAACGAUGACCUACAGCCAAUGAGAGAGCAGGAUACAGGGCAGGGAGGAGUUAUGAACAUUAAAUGUAGUUCUGAGAUUCUUUCUAAUAUUGAAGUCAUGCAGAUUGUAACCUCCUGUCACCGGUCCAUCGUGCAGUGUGAAAGCAACAGUGAUCCAGUCAGUGUGAACUCGGCAUAACAUUCCCCAGGCGUUUCUUCACUCACUGAAGGCUCAGUUGUGUUGUUUUGUUGGACUGUCCGUGUUUGGCCUGGUGUUGUGGGUCUCAGGGCUGCUUCUCAGGGCCACCAGGGGGCGACUCUGGGCUGAACUCUUCAGGAGAGAGAGCGAGAGAGAGAGAGAGAGAGAGGCUUGGCUGGGUCUCUCUCUCUCUCAAUCACAUGCUCUUCACUUGCACACUUCCACUCGAAGCUCAUCCUCAUCAAAUCUAAUGUAGAGAAUCUUUAAUAUAAGUUAAUGGCUCGAAAACUUGAUCCUUUCCUAUUUUUUAAACAGAGGACAUUAUGAUUACCAAAAGUUGCCCAGUGCAAUAAUAAUAUCUGUUUCAUUGUGAAGGCUUUAUUUUAGUCGUGUUAUUCUGGUGAAAGGGUGAAUCUCACGAAUAAACGUCAUAUUUCAUAUCUCACAGAAAAUAUGGGAAUUUCUACUUGCAUUUGCAGAAAAUUAUGGAUUUUUUUGGAACUGAAUUUCGACAUUAUUUUCAUGACAAUCCUUGCUGGCAAUGGAAACAAAAAGAUACAAACUCCAUAUUUCUGACGUGUUUUUUUUUUUUAUUAUUAAAAAAAUUAACAUUUAAAAAAAUAUUUACAUUAAAAAAAAAUUUAAUAUAUUUAAUCAGCUAGAAAAUGAAAUUGCAAUGCCUAUAAAUAAAGUCUAUAAUCAUAAACAAUAGGAAAUGCAUUAGUCACAUGAUCUAGGAAAUUGUAAUUUAAAAUUUGCAUACAUUAAAAGCAGUAAAACAAUACUACCAUUAUAGAAUACAUUCACAUUGUACUCUACAAACUGUGUAAAAUUAUGUAGAUAUUUUGUAAUAUGUAUACAUUUGAAAAAAAUCUCUUUUAUUGCUUUACAGUUGUGAAUAAUUGUUUAAUCGCCAUGAAAAUAUAAUGACAAUUAUUGGUCCAAAUUAAUGCUCCAAAAAAAGAAAUGUUUCCUUCGUUUUCUUCAUGAAAAUAUAAUUUCUUAUUUCUUUAAUUAAAAAACAACAACAAUGGAGGUGAAAAAUUACACGUUUUUAUGUUUGUUUUUAUAUUUUUAUGUCAAGAAGAAUACGAGAAACUCUUUUUGAAAAUGAAAGAUAGUAGAAGAAAAGCUUAUUAGUCACAAUCUGAAGUGAAUAUAAUUUUUUUUAAUUUAAAUAUUUCAUUUAAAUGUGAAUUGUACAUUAAAUGUUUAAAUAUUUAAAUAUAUAUUCAAUCAGCUAUAAAUUGAAAUUGCAGUGUGUGGGUGUAUAUAAUCUCUACAAAUGAGUCUUUAGAAAUUAUAUAUAAUAUAUAUAUAUACAGUAUAUAUAUUGCAGUUGUGGAUAAAUGUUUAUUUGUCAUGCAAAUAAUGGGCAAAAUAUACUUCAAUCUCUUCACGCGAAGCAUAAUUCCUCAAGUCUUUCUAUUGAUACUAUGGUAAUAAAUGACAGAUUUCUUGAGCAUCUUCAUGAGAUUCACCCGGGAGAGCGUGACUUUGGUCAUGAGUGUGUCAGUGCCUCUUGUCAUUGACGUCCUGAAGUGCUUUAAUACGUUUGGUCUCCCUCAUAGUUUCCUAAGACGGCCCACGCAAGGGCGAGUAAUAAUCUCAAUGCUGCAUCCGAGUGUUCACGCAGAUACCAAACCUUUCUUACACUCACAGACUUCCAAGUUGCAAUGGUGAUUUUCUUCAGCUCAGGUCCACGGCACUUUCUGGCAGAACUUUUGAGUUUUUCUCCCUCGGAAUGAGGAGGAGUGUGUUCUGGUCUGUUUACAUUAGCACCUGGAUGCUGCGUGUUUUUGGUGGAGAGAAUGGAGUCAUCUCCGGCCGCCAUCUUGGCUCAAACGUGGCCCUUUUUUCUGGGUCUCAGCUGCAGUUUCCUGACACUGAGGAUGAUUGUGCUAUGACUAUUUUUGAGACAUUCUUUGAGGUCUGGUGACUUGUAUCUGACCAGAGGUGACCGGACGCUCUUUUACUUGCUGUCUUGCUGGCUAGAGAGUUAAAAGAUGUUUUAUUGAGGCACAUUUGUACUGGCUUUGCCCUGCAUAGAGUAUUAAGAUCUUAAGAUAAGCUGAUAUAAAUGUAUAUGUGUGUUAUUUCUGGAAUGUUUAUUGAAGUUAAACCCAAGCUUGAAUGAGAAAAGCAUCAAGUUUCUGUCGAAUCAAGCACCGUUGCAUUAGCUGCACCCGUCUCGGUCAGUGUUGGCAUUACCGGCGUGGUGAAUCACGACACACACCAGACGUCUCAUUCGAAUACUUGAAGUGCAAUCUUGGUUGUGUCUGGAUAUCUCGGGAUCCGUUUGCUGACCUCGAAGCAAAGACUGGAGAAUGUGGGACUCUCAGAGAGCGUCAGGGGAAGAAGUUUCCAGUAUUGAAUGUAACUUACUUUUUGUUUUUUUGAGAGCAAGAAGAUUCAAUGUUGCACCGAACUUGCACAUACAGAGUUUUAAAAGAAAAAUGAAUCAAUAUCUUGCAAUAGAAAAGCCUAAACUGUGGUUAUUUAUUUUUUGAAUGCAUUAUCCUUAAAUAUUUAGAGGAUUAUAAGUACAGAUAAAGAUAUAUUUACAGCUUGUGUAGAUGAGUGAGAUGGGAUAUGUGUGUGUGUGUGUGUGUGUGAGAGAGAGAGAGAGAGAAAGAGACAUGCUAGUUAUUUACGUCUGUUUUUGCAUGAUCAUAAGCACCAUGUACAUGUUUGUGCAUGGAAGAGUGUGUGUGUGUGUGUGUGUGUGGGUGUGUGUGUGUGUGUGUGACAUCUCACUCUUUUAUAGAAUGAAUCUCACAAGAACAUCUCCAGGUCACACUUCACCCUAUAAUUACAAAAACGAAAGAAUUAUAUUUGGAAUAAAUAUAAGCCAAUUUCAUUUGUAUUUUUUUUUUUACAGUUAUAAAUAAUAUUUGUCAUGAAAGUUUAUGCUGAAAAAAGAAAUAAAUUUUCUUCAUGCAAAAAAAUAUUAUUUUUUAUUUUUUUAUUUAGAAUUUGUGGUGAAAAUUACGUCAUAUUUCAUAUCUUAAUAAAAAUUAAAUUAAAACAAUAAAUGCAUUUUUAUAUUUUUUUCAUGAAAAUCCAUUACUGUAAAGUGGAAAAAAAAUCUUAUUCUAAUUACAGAAAUCUUAUUCACAGAUAUUUCUGAAGUGGAUAAAAUAAUGUACAUUUUAAAAUGUAGUUAAAAAAAAUUUUUUAUUAAACAAUAAACAUUUAAAUGUUAUUUUAUAUAUUUUUUUUUUUACAUAAAAUGUAACAUUUUAAUUGUAAAAUAUUUAUGUUUAAUCACCUAGAAAUUAAAAUUUGAGACAUGCAUGCAUAUAUUUUUUUUUGUUUUUUUGUUUUUCUUUUUUUUGACAAAUGAAUAAAAAUAAUUCCUUGUUCUUUUGAUUUUGGGGUGAAAUAUUUGUGGUCUUGACAGGUUUGAUGAGAUUCACUUUAUAACCAUCUUUAGUUUACAGUUCACAUUUCACUUUAGCAGAAGGUCAUAGAGCAAACACAGAAAUACUGAAAACGGCGUAGUCUUCUCACGUCAUAGUUGAGUGUGUGCUGACUCUGGGCUCAAACGUGGCUCUUUUCCUGUACGGAAAGCAGAUGGAUGUUACUGAAGCACGUAAUGUAAGACAGGAGAGAAACUCCUUGCAGUCUAAGCUACUAUAUGCCUUGUCAUUUACAAGAGAUGUAUAUAGUUUCUUUUGAUUCUGUACAAAAGCUCAUUAUUUUGUAUUAGUUUUAUUUUCUAUGAGAACUGUAUAUAAAUCCUGUACAUAUGCCUGAAAAUGUAGACAAACUGAAAAAACACUGUAUUGAAUGCACCUUUAAAGAAUUUAUGCCAAAUAUAA